AUGUCGACAAACGGCCUCGUGUCACUAGCCGGCUGGUACUUCCUUCCAGGCCUCGUUACCGGCUACGUACAAACCGCCCUCUACGCCAUCUUCAUCCGCGCGGGCGACCCCAAACCCACACCAGGCAGUCCAGCCUUCACCAAACACCGCCGCUACAUCCAAAUCACAGUGAUAGUGCUCUACCUCCUCUACACAAUCUACGAAGCCGACUACCAGCUCCUCCAAGAAGGCGACUUCUACACCCUCCUCGGCGUGCCCCACAACGUCGAAGAACGCACCCUCCAAUCCAAAUUCCGCAGACUCACCGUCCAAUACCACCCGGACAAAGCCUCUCUCGCGGACAAACCCGCCCACGAACAGAUCUACAUCCGCCUCAAACUCGCCCGCGACACGCUCGUCGACCCCGCCAAACGCUUCGCCUACGACCGCUUCGGCGCCGACAUCCUCGCCUGGCAGAAAGCGAGCACAAUCCGAGACUUCGUCUACGCCGGCCUGCAGCAACUCGGCGUCUACUACAUCGGCAGCACGACGGGCCUCGUCCUCCUUUCCGUGCUCGGCUACCUCAAACAGGGAACCUACUGGCGCUACUUCGCCGUCGCCGCCCUCCUCCUCGUCGAACUGCACACCAUCACGCGCCCGACCUUCCCCUUCGCCCUCACGCACAUCCUCAACCCGCUCCUCGUCCGCACAGGGUUCCGGAAUCCUUACCUCCCGUACCAACUCAUCACCCUCCUCCGCAAGCUCACCGUCACUUUCUUCAUCGCCAUGUCGCAACUCGGGCCCCUCCUCCAAGACGCGCAGCAGACCGCCCAAGCAGCCGCGACGGACGGCUCCGGGGGCGUGAAUCCCAAAUUGCUGGACAGGAUAGAUAAUGUGACGGCCGCUGCGGAUUCGGAAAUCACGAGACUGAUGGGGUUGGAGUUGAUGCCUUUCGCCACGGAUCCUGGUGUGGCGAGGGAGUUGAGGGGCACGGUCAAGGAGUGGUUGGUGCAGAAUACGGUGCGGAAUGAUCCGGAGGUGAAGGGGGCGGUGGGGAGGGUGUUGGAGAGGCGGAGGAGGCAGGAGGGGGAGGGUCAGGGACAAUAG